ACCCAAUGCACGUGGUUGAACCAUCUCACUCACGUUCACUCGCGCUGACGAAAUUGUAACUUGUUCGUCCUCUAGAACCGAUUAAUUCGAUCUCCGGGCUUAUUCGAGUCGAGAAGACUAAUUAUACACAAGCAACAUGUUCAGACUACCAAGUAUCCUGAGACCAACACUCGCAAGGCGUGUGGCACCACAUCUGAUACGAUCAUAUGCCAAAGACCUCAAGUUUGGUGUUGAAGCUCGAGCAAUAAUGCUGCAGGGAGUAGAUCUGCUAUCAGAUGCUGUUGCUGUUACCAUGGGACCCAAGGGGCGUAAUGUAAUUAUUGAACAAAGCUGGGGAAGUCCAAAAAUCACCAAGGAUGGAGUUACAGUGGCAAAGGCAAUUGAACUAAAAGACAAAUACCAAAAUAUUGGGGCAAAACUGGUACAGGAUGUAGCAAAUAAUACCAAUGAGGAAGCAGGUGAUGGUACGACUGCAGCGACGGUGCUUGCGAGAUCCAUUGCCAAGGAGGGAUUUGAAAAGAUCAGCAAGGGAGCCAAUCCAAUUGAAAUUAGAAAAGGCGUCAUGCUGGCUGUUGAUGAAGUCGUGAAGUCAUUGAAGAGCAUGUCCAAGCCUGUGACAACCCCCGAGGAGAUUUCGCAGGUGGCCACCAUCUCUGCUAACGGAGAUGUGUCGAUCGGUGAACUCAUCUCCGAUGCCAUGAAGAAAGUUGGAAGGAACGGAGUCAUUACCGUAAAGGAUGGAAAGAAGCUGUAUGACGAGUUGGAAGUGAUUGAGGGAAUGAAAUUUGACAGAGGCUACAUUUCUCCAUACUUCAUGAACACUGCCAAGGGUGCAAAGUGCGAAUUCCAAGAUGCACUGGUGUUGCUUAGCGAGAAGAAGAUCUCCACCAUUCAGUCUAUCGUUCCUGUUCUCGAGUUGGCAAAUAGCAGUAGGAAGCCAUUGCUAAUCAUUGCUGAAGAUAUUGAGGGCGAAGCACUGAGCACACUGGUUCUAAACAGGUUGAAGGUCGGUCUGCAGGUGUGUGCUGUGAAGGCUCCUGGAUUUGGAGACAACCGCAAGAACACACUUCACGACAUAGCCAUUGCGACUGGAGGCUUGGUGUUUGGAGAUGAAGCCAACCUGGUAAAGAUUGAGGAUGUGCAGGUGCAUGACCUUGGAAACGUUGAGGAGGUUAAUGUCACAAAGGACGACACACUGCUGUUGAGGGGAAAGGGCAAGAAGGAGGAUUUAGAUCGCAGAAUUCAACAGAUUAAUGAUGAAAUGGAGCUGACCACAUCUGACUAUGAGAAAGAGAAGCUGAAUGAGCGACUGGCUAAGCUGAGCGCUGGUGUUGCUGUCGUUAAGAUUGGAGGAUCGAGUGAGGUGGAGGUGAACGAGAAGAAGGAUAGGUACAACGAUGCACUGAAUGCGACGAAGGCUGCUGUAGAGGAAGGCAUAGUCCCCGGUGGAGGUGUUGCCCUCUUGCGCUGCCUGCCCGCACUAGACAACGUUGCCUGCACAAACGACGACCAAAAGAUCGGAGUGGAGAUUGUUAAGAAGGCGCUGAAAGUGCCCUGCCACACCAUCGCAUCGAACGCUGGUGUCGAUGCAUCCCUCAUCGUGCAAAAAGUGAUAGAGUCUGGAGGCACCACAGGCUACGACGCUCUGCGCGGAGAGUUUGUUGACAUGAUCGCUGGUGGUAUUGUAGACCCAACAAAGGUGGUUCGCACUGCGUUGCUGGAUGCUGCAGGUGUGGCGUCCCUCCUUACAACGGCCGAGUGUGUGGUCAUAGAUAUACCCAAAGAAGAGCCAGCUGGUGGCGCAGGAAUGGGCGGCAUGGGUGGCAUGGGUGGGAUGGGAGGCAUGGGCGGGAUGGGAGGUAUGAUGUGAAGAAAAUGAGAACAUUACCGAUCAAGUAAACAUAGCCUGUGAUUUAGAGAGAGGGUUGUUACGUUUCUAGCCAGGUACAGUGUUGGCUAUCGGGCAAAGUCGAGGAAUACGUGAUGAAGAAGCCGUGCAUAUUUCAUAGGCUACGUGUACGUGAAAUCGAGUGACGUUUCAGGAGCUGGUAGGCAGAGAAAUCCAACUUUGCUCCGUGUCACCUAUACGAAGUACGAAUGCAAGAAUAAACAUGCACUGUAGCUUCGUAAAGUCACCAGAGAAGUAUUAGGUCAUUUUUUUAAAUUGCUUUUUUAAAGGUUAUGAACGUUAAUGCAGACCUGGGUUUAGUAGACCAUCUAGUGAUUUGCCUACCACUGGUCUGGGGGACACUACUGGGGUUGUAUCGUGUUUAUGAAAGAUGGCACGGUAGAUUUUCCACUGCGAUAUGCGGUGGGGUGAGAUAAUCAAACGAGUGUGUGCUCGUGAGGACCAACUGGUAAUCAUUUAUUGCUGGGCUUCCUUAGCCGAUCGAUGUACCUGCGCGAUUCAGCUGCAAAGUCAUGUUCGUGGUUACAACAUUGAUUACGUAUCGGAACUGUGGCCGAGUGAGUGAGUGAGUGAGUGAGUGAGUGUUGCAUUGUCGUAGUCGUCGUUGUAAAGCUGGGUUUACACUGCCAACUUUGAGUUGGCGGCUUGCCGAAUUAGAACAUUGUCUAAUCACCCAAGUCCCGUCCAGCUGCUAUCGAUCGGUUGGACGUGCAACUUUUGCGUUUACACUGCCGAUUUUCAGUUGCAAAAUUGCGAAGUUGGUACAAUUCGGCGAUUCGCCAACACAAAGUUGCCAGUGUAAACCCAGCUUAAGGGGAAGUGGCAGGUCGCUGCUACAGGGUCUGACCGUUACUGUAUACUGCGCCUGCGUAGCAUGGUUGUACUGCUAUCUAUCAUUGGGUCAUUUUCAGUUAUUCAUCGUUAGGAUUCUGUCCGAAACAGUGCAUUCGUUAUUACCGUCUGUUUUGUCUAACAUUGCUGUUGUUGAGUAGUCCGUUUAGAAAAUGAACGAAAAAGUGUAAUGAUAAGUUCAAGAGCUAAUAAUACCUAGGUAUUAUUAGCUCUUGAUAAGUUGUAUAGUUUGUUAAAAUUAUGCAGUCAUCAUGACAAUGUAGACUAGAUCAUGUAUGGAGUCACACGUCCGGUGAUAAUGAAGUAUCACAUUUCCAAAUAAAUAAUUGUUCCAUUAA